AUGUCGUCAAACCACGCCUCUCUCGAUGCGGCAUCCACCGACCGCAAAGCCCGCCUGGCCAAGCUGGCUGCGCUGAAGCGCAAACAACCCGAACCAGAGCCAUUAACCGAGGCCCGCGCAGAUAAUGAGGAGUUAGGCGACGCCGCCCCCGACGUGACAACCUCCUACCUUUCCGGCCGGAAUUAUGAUGCCGAGACUCGCGGACCAAAACUGGGCUUUGAGCAAGGCCCGCAAGAAGGCCAAGUGACGGUGGAAACUCAGGCGGCAGAUAUCGCACAGAAAAUUGCGGAACAGGCCAAGAAGGACGAAGAGGCCGAUCAACCGAUUGAUUUAUUCAAGCUACAACCAAAAAAACCAAACUGGGACUUGCGGCGCGAUCUGGACGAAAAGCUCAAGACUCUCAAUGUGCGGACCGAGAAUGCAAUUGCCCGGCUGGUGCGACAGCGGAUAGAGAAUGCGCAGCGAGCGGCGAAGGAACGAGGGUCAAAAUCCAAUGGACAGGGAGAGGAAGUGGGAAUCGAGGGUGAGAUGCUGGUGGAGGGCAUCCAUAUGCGCGAACGCGAAGAAAACGAGGAAACGAUUUGA